UCAACAAAGAUGUCGGCCGUGUAUGAGUGACGUAACUGUUCGUUUCCCAUCACACAGUCUGUGACACGUGACUUCAUGACACGGAAGCUCUGCAGGUCCAGGAGAGUGGACGGCAAGUGAGUGGCGCAGGAUCAGUAAGGAGCCGUCAAGAUGCAGAGCACUGCAAAUUAUCUAUGGCUGCUCUCCGAUAUACUGGGUCAAGGAGCCACUGCUAAUGUGUAUCGAGGUCGCAAUAAGAAAACAGGAGACUUGUAUGCUGUAAAAGUGUUUAAUAAUCUAAGUUUCCUUCGACCUGCGGAUGUACAAACAAGGGAGUUUGAGGUGCUAAAAAAGCUUAACCACAAGAACAUUGUAAAACUCUUUGCCAUUGAGGAAGAGAUGUCAAGUCGACAUAAAGUGUUGGUUAUGGAGUUUUGCCCAUGUGCAAGCUUAUACUCUGUGCUUGAAGAACCCUCAAAUGCAUAUGGAUUACCAGAGUCUGAAUUUCUUAUAGUUUCCCGGGAUGUUGUGGCAGGAAUGAAUCACCUUAGAGAAAAUGGAAUAAUACACAGAGAUAUCAAGCCGGGGAAUAUUAUGCGAGUCAUUGGUGAAGACGGGCAGUCGGUUUAUAAGUUGACUGACUUUGGAGCAGCCAGGGAAUUGGAAGAUGAUGAACAGUUUGUUUCCCUCUAUGGCACCGAAGAAUAUUUGCACCCAGACAUGUAUGAGCGCGCUGUGCUUAGAAAAGAACACCAAAAGAAGUAUGGUGCUACCGUAGAUUUGUGGAGCAUUGGCGUGACAUUCUACCAUGCAGCAACUGGCAGCCUUCCCUUCAGACCUUUUGAGGGUCCUCGUCGUAACAAAGAAGUCAUGUAUAAAAUUAUUACUGGAAAACCAUCUGGUGCAAUAUCGGGUGUCCAGAGAGCUGAAAAUGGUCCUAUAGAGUGGAGUUGGGAUAUGCCCCUUAGCUGUAAUUUGUCCUUUGGCCUACAGUCACUUUUUACUCCAGUACUCGCAAAUAUUCUAGAAGCUGAUCAGGAGAAAUGCUGGGGCUUUGAACAGUUCUUUGCUGUAACUAAUGAUAUUUUCCACCGAAUUGUGAUCCAUGUCUUUUCUCUUCAGCAAAUGACACUACAGAAGAUAUACAUUCAUGCAUAUAAUAUGCCUGCAGAGUUUCAUGACUUGGUGUACAAACAAACAAAGAUCCCUUCUCAGAACCAGGAGCUGCUUUACGAAGGCAGAAGACUAGUUUUAGAGCCUGGAAGACAAGCACAACAUUUCCCUGCAACUACAGAAGAGAAUCCUAUCUUUGUAGUGACAAGGGAGAUGAUGACAGUCAUUGGUCUGCGAUAUGAGGAAAUAAUGAUCCCUAAACUUCAUUCCCAUUAUGACUUGGACAUUGAUGCAAACAUGGCCAAGGCAGUAACUGGAGUUGUCUGCUACUACAGUCGAAUUGCCUUAUCAUUGUUACUCACACAAGACCUUACACGGAAAGGGAUAUCUUGGCUCAUUGAAGUAAUGAAGGAUGAGUAUAAUGAGACUGUUCACAAGAAUACAGAAGUCACUCUGAAAUUUAACUUCUGCAACAGAACCAUUGAAAAAGACUUUAAGACAUAUGAACAUGUGAUGAGUGUGGAGUCAGAAAUAUAUGAAAUACAUUCCAAACUGCUACGGCUUUCUAGUUCUCAGCAAAAUCUGGAAACAUCACUGCGGGAAAUUAAGAAUGAGUUAUCUCCUGGGGGUGGUCUCAGUGACUCCUGGAUAAAUGUUGAAGGCACAUGCCCAAGUGACAGGAAUGUGGAAAAGAUGCAAGUGUUUCUCAGCUUGAUAACUGAAAUCAGUGCACAGUUCAAAAAGGAUAAAGCACAACGCAGGCUUUCUUACAAUGAAGAACAAAUACACAAGUUUGACAAGCAGAAACUCUGCAUUCAUGCAACAAAAGCCCACACACUGUUCAAAGAUGAAUGUGUUAGCAAGUAUGAAGGGUUCCGCAGCAAAGCUCAGGAGUGGAUGAGGAAGAUGAUGCUCUUGAGGAAACAGCUGUUCACACUCAAAAGUCAGUGUUUUGACAUUGCAGAAGAAGUGACGAAGUGCCAGCAUUACAUUAAUGAGUAUCAGGAAAACGUGCCUCAGAAAGUGUUUGCUAAUCCUGGGGGAAUAAAGCCAGCAGUGAAUCCAAUCUACACAAGCCCUAACACCUUAGUGGAAAUGACCCUUGGAAUGCGGAAAUUAAAAGAAGAGAUGGAAGGAGUUGUCAAAGAGUUGGCGGAAAAUAAUCACAUCUUGGAAAGAUUUGGGGCUCUGACCAUGGAUGGUGGCUUUCGGAAUGUGGAUUGCAUAUAGUCUGCUAUUAGGAAAGUGUUGACCUACAUCACGCCUCAUGGUAUUUAGUUGGACCUUAACCUUUGCCUGCUUCUUUUCCUGUAAUUUCAGUGCCAGAGAUGUAUGUAUAUAUGUACUAUAAUGUGAAUAUAUGGCCAUGUCUGUGUGUUUUUCUUUUGAUCAUUUUCAAAUUGCUUUUGUCUAGUUUUCUGAUCUCAUAACGUACUGUAACUUUCUGUUGAAGUGUACAGAAAAUGGAUAAAUAAUGCAUCUAAAGUUUAAUUAAACAUUUAGUAGAAUUAUUUUAUUUAAAAGUCUGCUUUAUAUUCAUGUAUUAUUUAAGUAUCAAAGUUUUCCACUAAAUAGUUAAUAUGAUUUUAGAUAUUGUGCAAAGUACUGGGAGUCUACUGCUUUGUUACAUACAGGCCGGGUUCACAUGUAGUAUUUUGGUCAGGAUUUGAUCCUUACUUUGGUCAUUUAUACUCCAAAACCAGAAGGGAAGCUGACACAGAGAAACUAUAAUGGAAGGAUUUGCACUUUUUUUUUUUUUUUUUUUGUAUUUUGGUCCUACUCUGCAUUUUAGGAAAAAAUACGUACUAAGGCCGACAUUUUUCAUUGUCUUUAGACAGCUUUUUGUGUCUUUUGGUUUACUCAUUUCUGCUGAUUUUGAAUUGCAAUCCACAUUUUGGCAAUACACAUGAUAUGAACUGUGCCUUUUUGUGAAAAGGCUCAAAAAAGGCGAAAAGCCACUGAAAAGUCUCUAAUAUUACACCAGCCCAGACUUAGCUUAGGUUUUUGGUGUAUGUGAAGAGAGAAAUUUCUGAAAAUGGGACCUGCACAAAAUUUAUCAAUGCUCUGCAACCAUUUAAUAAAUUUAGUGCUCCUACACAUUACCGGCACACAAAAAAAACGGUGAAGAAAAAUGCUUCACUUACACCUACAAUGCCGGCCUUAAUGUACUUCAAAAUGUGGACCAAAUCCUGACCAAAAUGCUUUUUGUGAACCCAGCUCAACAGCUUUUUAAAGAUUUUCAGUAGAAUAUAACAGUAGGUAGCAUAUACCAGCCGCCCUUCAUGCUGUUGGUUCUCCAUACUUCUGUUAUGACAUGCCUGUGUCUAUGCUCGCUGUUAGUACAUAGGAUGCUGUUCAGGGAGUAGCAUUGCCCUAUAAGCUUAUGGCUGUGCAAACACAUAUGGGGAAGGUUCUAAGGUUCUGGUUGAUAGCAAAAACCUAUCCUAAAUAAGCUCUUGAAAAGAACCCCCCCCCCCCCCCCCCCCCAUAAUGUCACUGCAAUGAAAAUUAUCUAUGCAUAUUGCUCCUGCAGCUUCAAGAGGCUGUACGUAAAAGUUACUGGCAACUUAUUGAAACUGUCAAGUACUAUUAGCAUACGACUGCUCAAUGUUACUUUAACUUGUCCAGUGUUACUGCCAUGGAUUCUCCCCCUGUGACUCUUAAUGUAGUCACAUUCUAGUAGUAACUACUGCUGCUGUGCAACUGCUGUUGCUGCUACUAUAUUGAUCCUUAUUUACAGUAUUAAAGGGAAUCACCAGUGUUACCCGCAAUAACCUGCUGGUACAGGGUAAUAGUGAGGGGGGCGCUGAUUCCAAGGCCUUUAGCCCAGACCUCUGAUGAAGCUUUGAGAAGCGAAAUAUGUCAGGGGGCUAUUUGUCUGAGUUUUUAAUAAGCUCCUUUCACCGGUCAUAUUUUCAUUAUACUUGUUGUUAUGACUGUGGCCAUCAACAGUAGAUAUAUGAUACUGCCAGUGUUAUACAAUUGCAGGCGCAUGCCCUCAUGUCACAGUGACAUAUUACCGUUGGACUGGGAUUUUUAAACA